CAGGAUCUCGUUUUUAUAACGCGUUCGGUUCAAUGUCAAGAAUGGAUAUAAAAAGCCGAAGAAAUUUGAAACCCGCAUCAGUUCUCAUCAGUCAGUCUCAAGACUCGCAACACAGACCUAUUUCUUCAAGAUGUUCAAAUUGGUGGUGUUGUCUGCUCUCGUAGCCCUUGCCGUAGCUAAGCCCAGCGGAUUGCUGCACACCUCAGUGGUAGCCCCAGCGAUAGCUUACUCAGCCCCGAUUGCCGUACCAGCAGCUGUCAGUCACAGCUACAGGAGUGACGUCAUCAACCGGCCAAUCGUAGCUGCCUACUCUGCUCCCAUUUUGGAAAAUGUCGUAGCUCCCGUACAUCUGCCAUCCGCUGUGAGCCACAGCUACAGAAGUGACGUCGUCAGCAGCCCAGUGGUUGCUUCGGCGUACGCAGCCCCAUGGGCUUAUGCUGCCCAUGUGCCUUCUAUCCACGCUUGGUGAAGAGAGGACUGAUGGAAUUCGACCAAAAUUUCUGUUUUUGAUAUUUGAUAUUUAUUGAAUAAAAAAUCUAAAUAAAAUUAUGGAUUAGAG